AUGAUGCUGUGGAUUCUCUUAUUCCCUACUCCCCUCCUUGGGUUGGCAUUCGCCCAGCCUUCGUUGGAGGAGAGAUCUUGCUCAGAACAGGCAUACCUCCACUCAGCAGACUGCACAGAACUCAUUGCUGAGUAUGCUGGCAACUACACCUCGGAGUAUGUGACCCUCGAGCCUGGACACUGCGAUAUCAAAAUGCCCAAACUGUGCGAGGGGUUUUUCUGCAACGUCAGUCCCAACAAAGUAUCCAUCAUCAAAAAGGACAAGCUCAUCGACAGCUUGUUGAAUUUCACAUGUCAUGUGGAGAGUGCGCUCGCGGCGACUUGGGUCAACGACGACAAGGAGAACCCUCUGAAUUUUACCUUCAUGUACUGGGACCCGGAUUUCACCCCCCCUGCUGUCCUCCAUCCUAGGGACGAUCCGCCAAAACUUCCGCCAAACGUUUUGUGUUUUGAAUUGGGUUUCAAACCUGCCUUUGCUCAGUGGACCGAAGACUGCCAAAGUGUCUUUGACACGCUUGCCAGCCAGUACACCACCAACUACACAUUCAACAGCCCAAAGGACUACAUCUGGAUCAUGAACGAGAAGUGCAGCGCCAUCCUCUACCAGUCCGCCUUCAACAAGUCAAUCCCGAUCCCGGAUGUACCGAUGCAAACAGUUGUGUCGUGGACCAAGGACUACAUUUUUGAUCAUUGUAUCAACACCAACAAGUCUGGAGCGGUUUGGGGGGUUGGCGACAACACUACCUUUCCCUUUGGUGGGCUGAAGACGGAGUUUUUACCGUCCAGCAUAGCUGUCAGAACGUGGUGGGAGAUCAUGGGCUGGCAUUCGCACGCGGAGCUGCCCUCUGGGGCAAAUGACUCUAUUGUUGCGGCUAACCUCUCGUCGAGAUCCAGCUCGGAGUCCAAAGUUGCCCGCAGAUCAGUCUCAAGUGGUUGUUUCAACGCGACCGAACUCAUAAAAAAUAUCUUUGACAGCGUGACGGGGUUCACCCCUUCCUUUCUUGGCAAUAUCACCUUUCCAACUGCACCAAUCGUGCAGGAUGACUGUCAAGAGGCUAUCAACAUGCUUCAAGAUGGCUACAUCAAUGAAGAUGGCGGGAGGGUAUACAAUUUUACCGAUUUGACGCCGUCGAUGCGUUUUCUGUACAACAGCUGUGUUUUGGCGAUAUGGAAUACCUCGCCAAAUACCACUGUCCCCAACGUUGAUAUGACAACGGUCUCAAAAUACGCCCAAGAUCAUAUUUUCAACGAGUGCAUCUCCAAGGACCUCUCCGGGCUUUGGAAUGGCAUUGGCGAGGAUGCCGGAUCCUCUUUAAGAACACUGCUUAUGCCCAUGAGGUACUUUGAACUCAUGCGGGGUAUUAAUCAGGAGGGGGGCUUCUUACCACUGAUAACAAUAAGUGACCCUCAAAUCUGUGAAAUACUGGAGGGUUUUGAAGAUUAG